AUGGCGCUACCUGUUGACGAUACCGCUGAUACGCCUGUGUCCCUGUCACAGCCAGCACCUGCCGGCCCCAUCCCUACUACAGCCUGGCAUGCAUACUUCUCAUACGGCAUAGGACAUCUAGACUACAGUGGCCUUCUAGAGCAGCGAAAUCCGUGCAUCAGAUCACUUCGACAUCAGCGGACUGUUAAGAACAAGUUCUUCUUAAAGGCUCCAGCAGCCGGGGGAAUGCCGCAAUUGAGCUCCAACUAUGAGAUCACAGAAAGCGCAACAUUUCCGUAUCCAAAGGCUUAUCAAGAAGUGAUGUUUCCACUGAACCCGAUCCCGCGACGUGAUGAGGAGCAUGGAGCUGCAGAUGGUGAAACCUCACCUACGCAGCAUGAUCCAAGACAGGCGCAAGCGGAAAGGAUCGAGUGGAAGACGAGCUUUUCAACGCCUGUUUUCGGCGUCACACGCACCUCAGCUAUUGAGUUUGAGUCACGGAUCCAACCAACAUACAUCGUGCUGAGUUUAUUCCUUCGCGGCUAUCCUAAUCCGAAAGAAAGAGUUGUCUUUGUCGAUAAGCCUGACCAGCUUUUCUCCAAGCUUCGCUGGGCGACGUUCCGACUACGUGGAAUGAGAGGGACUCUUCUCUCACUAAAACAUCUAAAAGGUUUCAGACUUUACAAGUGCGAUGCAGACACUGGAACACAUAAACGCAUCAACCUAGAUGAUAACGGUGUUGGCGACUUGCAGCUAUUGAUGACUACCUACAGAAGAUGGCAUGUUCCUCGACAUAUCUCCUUAGCUUGGUCAGACUGGAUCCAUUGCACCCUCAAUAACAAGAGACUUGAUGUACUCGAAGGCGAAUAUGGUCUUGAGCUGGUUCUAGACUGGUCAGUUACACGCAUCUCGAUCGUAGUACUCGUUCCAGUCUUGCUAAGCUUGGCCAUUGGUAUUUGGCUCAACUCAAAGGCGUGGACAGACUUGGCUACCAUACAGACUGCGUGGGGAACAGCUUCGUAUAUCGUCACUGCUGGCGCUUUGCUUGCAGCAAUGUUGGGCUUUUUAGACAUUGCGGAUAAAUAGCCGAGAACCUGGUUUGUUUUUAUCACAUGUCGCGAACAAGACAGUCACUAUGUUUUCAGCUCAUGCAGCCACUUUCACAACGGCAGAUUAAGAAUCAGGCUCCAGACUUUCGACCUGUCUGGUGAAUCGUGCGAUGACGGAGGUGAAAGGCUGCGGUUUCAGCUGAGGAAAGCAAGGAACUUGAUGCAUAGAUCCAAAGAAGCUGAGAGAUGGGGUCAGGUAUCACUGAUUAAACAAGAAAGAUUUACGUCAGGAUUCCAGAAACAGAUUGUCUUGCGAGGAGUCGUGCUUUUGUAUGGGACUUUCCUUGGUUUCUCUCUCAAUUGAUAAGGAUACCCAAGCGAUAGGUACGGUGCCUA